CAUAAAUGAUACAAAUUCAACUGCCCCUCUCCUCUCUCUCUCUUUACCACCACACGCAAUUUCUCUCUAUCUCUUUACUUUCUACUACACAGACACACACAUACUCAUCAACUGACCAAACCAGCAAUCUCAAUUUUGAAUCUUCACCUUAAACAAUCUCACAAUCAUCGCCUUCCCCAAUCUCUUAUAGUUUUUUACCCUUUUCAUCCUCAUCUUUCAUUCUAUCAUGGCAGAGAUUCGUCGAAAGCUUGUCAUCGUCGGCGAUGGAGCUUGUGGAAAAACUUGUUUACUCAUCGUUUUCUCAAAAGGCACAUUUCCCGAGGUCUAUGUUCCAACCGUCUUCGAGAACUACGUCGCCGAUGUUGAAGUAGACGGCAAACGAGUCGAACUGGCGCUUUGGGAUACAGCUGGCCAAGAAGAUUACGAUAGACUUCGACCACUCUCUUAUCCUGAUUCGCACGUUAUCUUGAUAUGUUUUGCUAUCGACUCUCCCGAUUCGUUAGACAACGUCCAAGAAAAGUGGAUUUCAGAAGUCUUGCACUUUUGCCAAGGCUUACCUAUCGUCUUGGUAGGAUGUAAGAAGGAUCUUAGGAAUGACCCGAAAACUAUCGAUGAGUUGCGAAGAACGAGUCAAAGGCCCGUGACAUCCGACGAGGGAAUGGCCGUCGCCCAAAAAAUUGGUGCACAACGUUACCUCGAAUGUAGUGCCAAGUCCGGUCAAGGAGUCCGAGAAGUCUUUGAGCACGCGACUCGGUACGCACUCCUUGCCAAGAAAGGUGGCGGUCGACGCACUCGUGGUAAAGUGUGCAACAUCCUUUAAGUCGAGAGAGAAUCGUUGGAUGCCUGGUGCUAGCUUCUUCUUACUCAUUUUCUCAGCCCUCUACCUCAUCUUUUUAUCCUUGUUUUUUUUCUAGCCGCUUUACACCUGUUGCUUUCCGUGUUGUGCUGUGUUACUUGACGGCGCUUCUGUAGCUGCGCAUCCUGUGAUGUGCGCUAAAUUGAGGUUUAUUGGUGGAACUAAUUUUCAAUUUGAUGUCCAGUCGAUUUCUGUGUUCCUAUCAUGAGCUUGCGAUGGGGUGUACUCUACAUCGCCACAUCAUAUGAUUCAACAUAACAUUGGUUUCACACAUUCAUCACUUCUCUGUUCACUUGGUUUCUGCCCUCAAUGUCUCGUAAUGGUGCCUAAGUAUAUCUGUAUUGUAGAGGCACACGCUGGUUCUCCAAGGACUCAAUAAUGCUCCGACCUAUGAUGUGCGCUAAGUGCUUGAUUUGGUCGACGGCAUCUCAAUCAUGUUGCGGUACAAUUCCUCCUCAAUGCCUAUGCUGUUCUUUUGAACUUGAAUUCACUACUCAAGAUAUGAUGACGAUCCCUUCC